GAACACAAAUUCCAUACUUAAAAACAGAUGUCCUUUCCCGAAAUAGACAACCCUUAUGGAAUCUUUCUUCAUGAUUUCCAUUUCUGAAUCCUUGUGGCUAUAAAUGCCUUCAAAAUCUCACUUCCUAUGUACCCAUAUUACCAAGUUUUAGAGCAUAUUAUAUUUUCUUCAUCUCUCUCACACCAACAUCCCUUUCUCUUUGUAUUAUUGCAAUGUCUGGACUCAUAGAACCACUUGCUAUGGGAAGAGUGAUAGGAGAGGUGGUUGACAUUUUCAGCCCAAGUGUAAGAAUGAAUGUGACAUAUCCCACCAAGCAAGUUGCUAAUGGUCAUGAGUUAAUGCCUUCAACUAUUAUGACCAAGCCACGCGUUGAGAUUGGUGGUGAUGACAUGAGAGCUGCUUAUACCUUGAUCAUGACAGACCCAGAUGCUCCAAGUCCUAGUGAUCCAUACUUAAGGGAACAUCUCCACUGGAUGGUUGCAGAUAUUCCUGGUACCACAGAUGCCUCUUUUGGAAGAGAGAUUGUGGGGUAUGAGAGUCCAAAGCCAGUAAUAGGAAUCCACAGAUAUGCGUUCAUCUUGUUCAAGCAGAGAGGAAGACAAACAGUGAGACCCCCAACUUCUAGAGACUAUUUCAACACAAGGAGGUUCUCAGAGGAGAAUGGACUUGGUUUACCUGUUGCUGCAGUUUACUUCAAUGCUCAGAGAGAGACUGCUGCAAGAAGAAGGUGAUUGAUGAAGAUUAAAGGGUGUUAGUAAAUAAAACUUGUGUUUCAGCUAGCCUUUUAUUAUCUUAAUUAGAUUUGUCUCCUAUGGUUUUCUUAGGUUUUGGCGUGAUUGAAUAAGGAUAUAGAUGUUUGAUUAAAUCACUUCCUCCUUGCCCUUUUUUUUUUUUUUCCAUUUGUUUUGGAGUCCACAAUGGAGAGCCUUUGUGCUUGGUGGUGUUUAAAAGGUAGUUUAUAUUCUUGAUGUACUU